AUGGCUCGGAAGUCGAAACCCGCGGCCGCCCUCGCCUCAUCUCCACUUCAAGACGGGGAAUAUGUAUCGGCGCAGGAGGAGGUUACCAUCAUUGAGGACGUGUCCAUGUUUGAUGGCACCUUUCACUCUUGCAACUCAGAGGCCUCGGAGGGCUCGGAGGGCUCAGAGGGCUUGGAGGGUUCAGAAUACAGCGGCAGCGAGAGUAUUGAUGAGGAGGAAACAUCUGAAGGAAACCCCCCACCAACGAGGUUGCGAGUGAAGCCGAUGCUCCGAAAGGCGGACAAGAAACCACCUAGGCGUACCAACGAGGACACAAUAAACGACUAUUGUGCCCCGCCAAAAGAAGAGGAGAAUAGGAAUCGGCCUGGGUCAGAUGGAAGGCCUUCAACGCGCCGCCACGAUGCCGCAUCGAAGCCGGAGAGGCCACAAAAGGGCGAAACGAAAACCCAAAAGGCGACCAAGGAGCUCGCAGAUUCCAUGGCCAAGCUUCGACUUGCCGAGAUCGAAAAGAAAUCCCAAAACAUUAACACUUCGUGUUCAAGCGAUCACGAGGCCACGCCUCCCUCGACACCACCAAAAUCCCGACCCGGUCUCACGUCGCCCAAAAAGCUACCUCGUAUUCCCAUCACACCUCACCGCCCGAAUUCCGACAUGUUCUGGAGCCAGGAGUUCGUCGACGACUGGAACGACGAGCAUUCCCCGCGAAAACAACUAUUCCCAGACGCCGUCACCGCACGGCAGAACAGCCCGACCAAGGCCAGCCCGGAGAAGAAACCCAAGAAGAGCGCAGGCGUCAAAGAACCAUCCGAACGCGAGGUCAAGAAGGCAUUCGAAAAGACCAAGCACGAGCUCGCCGAAAGCUUCCUCCAAGAACUCGACCAAACCAUCACCGACGGCAAACUGUCUCAACUAGCAGAAUCCACAGGUGGCAUCAAGCUAAUCUGGACGAACAAGCUCAACACCACAGCUGGGCGCGCCAACUGGAAACGUGAGACCAUCCGCAGCCGACAGCCACACCCCGACGGCACCACCACUACGACCACCACCACUACGACCACCACCACCACAACAACAACCCACAAACACCACACCUCCAUCGAACUCGCCGAAAAAGUCAUCGACUCCGAAUCCCGCCUCAUCAACGUGCUCGCGCACGAGUUCUGCCACCUCGCCAACUUCAUGGUCAGCGGCGUGACGACCAACCCGCACGGGCGCGAGUUCAAGGCGUGGGCGGCGCGGACGUCGCGCGCCUUUGCCGGCCGCGGCGUGUGCGUCACCACCAAACACUCGUACGACAUUGACUUCAAGUACGUGUGGGCGUGCGUCGAGUGCGCCACCGAGUUCAAGCGCCACUCGCGCAGUAUUGAUCCGGAGCGGCAUCGCUGUGGUGUGUAUGCGGGUGGUGAAGGAGGAGAAUCCAGGGAGUCCGCAGAAGGAGAUUAUGAGGAUCGUGGCGAGCCGGUGGACAGGCAAGAAAGCUGA